AUGAGUUUUACAGAACUGAGUAAAGAAACUGGCAGCUUCAGUUUGGACAAUGUUAUUGGAUUUGGAAAAAUGGGGGCUAUGUACAAGGCCACACUUUCAAAUGGUUGGUUUCUUGCGGUUAACAAGUUGCAUCAUGACUCUGAACAAUCUGAGAAGCAAUUCAUAUCAGAGCUACUGGCUCUGAGCAGAUUGAGGCAUGUUAACUUGAUUCCUCUGCUCGGAUUCUGCAUACAAAACAAUGAGAAGCUUCUUGUGUACAAAUACACGUCAAACGGAAACCUCUAUAAUUGGUUGCACCCAGUGGCAGAUGCUAAUAAGAUUUUGGAAUGGCCUUUGAGGGUUAAGAUCGCCAUUGGGGUUGCAAGAGGCUCGGCAUGUCUCCACCAUAACACCAAGUUCCGAAUAGUCCACCGCAACCUAAUUAAGCUCAAACUCGGGCUGUGGGAGUCAGAUUUUGUGAAGAAGGAUAUGUAUGAGUAUGGAGUUGUGCUUGUUGAGCUAAUCACAGGAAAGGAGCCUAUAACUACUGGCUGUUCAAACAGUCUGCACAAGAAUUUGGUUGAAUGGAUUGAUCAUGUUUCAACUAGCUCAUUCAUUUUCAAUGACGCCAUUGAUAGACAUCUAAUUGGGCAAGGGUUUGAUGAGGAGAUCAUUCAGUUCCUUAAAAUUUUAUGUGACUGCGUUCAGCCAUAUCCAUUUCAGAGGUCUACAAUGCUUGAAGUAUACAGAAGACUCGGCGCUCUUGGGCAGAAUUAUGACAUUCCAUGUGAUUCUGGAUUUCUGAUAUAA